AUGAAAAAGGAAGGUGUGCUAUUCCUCGGUAAGGGAGGCUUCGCAAAGGUAUAUGAAUAUACAGAGCAGAAGACGGGACAACGAGUGGCUAUCAAAGCGGUUCAAAAAGCCAGCCUGACCAAAGAGAAGGCCAAGGCGAAGUUACAGAGCGAGAUUGCGAUACAUCGCUCGCUGAAGCAUCCGCGAAUUGUGCGCUACCUCUCUCACUUUGAAGACUCUAACUGUGUCUACAUCGUCAUGGAGCUUUGCGCACAUGCAACACUGAAUGAAAUUCACAAGCGGCAGAAACGAUUCACUGAACAAGAGGCGCGGCAUUACAUUUGGCAACUGUGUGAUGGAGUGAGAUAUCUCCAUCAGAAUAGAGUCAUUCAUAGAGACCUCAAACUCGGCAACCUGUUCCUCAAGGACAGUACAGACCUUAAGAUCGGUGAUCUUGGUCUUGCGGCUAAGUUGGAUUAUGAUGACGAUAGGAGGACUACAGUAUGUGGUACUCCGAACUACAUCGCGCCAGAGAUACUAGAGGGAGCCCAUCACAACUACGAGGUAGACAUAUGGUCUAUCGGUGUUAUUCUUUACACUAUGUUAUGCGGACGGCCACCGUUCGAGGAUCAGGACGUCAAGGCAACUUACAGAAGAAUUCGUCAUUGCCAGUAUAAAUUCCCCGAUAGUGUUUCCAUUUCCAACGAGGCUAAGUGCCUUAUACAGAGCAUGCUGCAGAUAGAGCCGAGUAAGACAUCAACGGUGCGAUGGU